AUGCUUUAUAAACCAAACACAAUUUCAAUAAUUUAUAAAAAUACCUUUUUUACUUCUUUCACUCUCGCUUCUUUAAAUAUAUUUUGGCUUGAUUCUUUUAACUCAAUGAUUUUCAAUUUAUUGUCUUUAAUUGAUUGUUGUGUCUUUUUCACAUUUUUUGUGUUUUUCCAAUUUAAAAGUGCAUUUAUUCAAAAACUCAAUUUUAUUCAAAUUCUGCAA